AUGGAUCACCAAGAAGAGGAAACCCAAAGCGAGAAACAAGACGACGAGGAAGCUCUUGCUCGCCUUGCGGAGAUUAAGAAGUCAGUUGAAGCUAAAAUGGCUCUUCGUCAAAACAACCUCAAUCCUGAAAGACCUGAUUUAGCAUAUCUUAGGACUCUGGAUUCUAGCAUCAAGCGUAAUACAGCAGUCAUCAAGAAGUUAAAGCAGAUCAACGAGGAGCAGCGAGAAGGUCUGAUAGAUGAUCUGCGAAGUGUAAACCUUAGCAAAUUCGUUAGUGAAGCAGUUACUGCCAUUUGUGAGGCCAAGCUCAAAAGCUCAGACAUACAAGCAGCUGUUCAGAUAUGUUCACUGCUUCAUCAGAGGUAUAAAGAAUUUUCGUCUAGUCUAACACAAGGGCUCUUGAAAGUAUUCCUUCCUGGAAAAUCUGCAGACGAUUUAGAAGCAGACAGAAAUGCAAAGGCCAUGAAAAAACCGCAGUACCCUUAA